AUGAACGAAGUUACACGAGACGUUCGGUACCAUGUUUUCCAGUAUUACCUCGCGAACUGCCGUCCGCCAACGACGCAAGAUAUUGCCAAUCCCACGCCCUAUGUUGUGGCUCAAGACGCCCGGUCUUGGUGGACGAACUGCGCCUGGUGCGGCUUCGGCUUGGCUGCGAUGCUGCUGGGUCCCCAUGGCUCCUCCUCAUCCUCCGUCAGCUUGUCCGCCAAAUCCGGCACAGUCGAUGGAGAAAUGAACUUCACGGUCACAAAUAAUGGCAUUGAACUUCGCGGAGACGAAGUGAAUACCGAAAAACGCGGGGUUCACUUCUCCGCACCUCUUAAGACGUGGUGGACCGACGUAAGGUUCGCUUGUGUUACGAUUCACGUUUUCGGCAGCCAGACACAAGCGGCAGAGUGGUGCGAACGAUACGGAUUCAGAUAUGGAGAGGUGAUGAACUUGGACACAAUGUGGAAGCUUUCAAAGGCUUGUUAUGAGAACAAAGCAUCGAAUGAUUACGACAGACUGGAUGCUCAAGAGGUUACCGAUCUCUUCCGAGAAUUGGGGUUGGUAUCCGAAUUUUGGUCUCGAUAA